AUGGCGGACCUCCGCACCGACGAAACCUCGCCGUUUCUCCAACGGCCCCCGGCAACAGCAAGAUCCCGCGAUACGUCCCCGGCAGCGUCGGCGGCGUCGGCGUCACACAAGCUCACCCUCUUCAACGGCCUCGCAAUCGUUAUCAGCCUACAAAUCGGCUCGGGCAUCUUCAGCGUGCCCUCACAAAUUAGCCAAUUUGUCACUGCGCCAGGAUACGGCCUUUUGGCCUGGCUUUUUGGUGGUCUCCUCGUCUGGACGGGUGCCGCCUCCUUCAUCGAGCUCGGGCUGCGCAUCCCCAAUAAUGGCGGCAUCCAGGAAUACCUGCGGGCCUGCUACGGCGAGUUCGCCGGGUUCUUGUUCACCUGGGUCUGGUGCACCAUUAUCAAGCCCGCGGCGAACUCAAUGAUUGCGACAAUUUUCGCGGAUUAUCUCACCGAGGCCUUUGUAGCAGACCAAGAGACGCUGCCGCCUUGGGUGUCAAAGGUGGUGGCGGCGAGCUGCAUCGUGAUCAUGACACUGGUUAAUUGCCUGGGUGCAACCGCGGGCGCAAAAGCAGCCAACUUAUUUCUGUUUCUAAAGAUGAUGGCUCUGACCAUCAUAAUCGUCCUUGGCUGCGGCGUCUGGGCCUUUGGUCAUGGAGAGGGUGUUCCCUCCUCCGAGUACGGAUGGUUUGGCCAGGUUCCUGAGCAACGCGAAAUCGGUCUUUGGGAGUGGCUCGGUGAUUUUGGUACGGCAACGUUUGGAGCUCUCUGGUGUUAUGCCGGCUGGGAAAUGCAGGUUGGCUUUGUCUUGGGAGACAUGAAAAAUCCAAGGCGAGAUCUGCCCCUCGUGAUUAACGGCUCCAUGAUCGUGGUGAUCAUCGGUUUCAUGCUGAUGAAUGCGGCUCUAUAUGUCUGCCUGCCCAUGAACGUUAUGCGGACGAGCAGUACUGUCGCGGUGGAGUUCGCGAAUAGGAUCCUUGGAACUUGGGCUGGACUUCUCUUUUGCGUUAUAGUGUCCAUUUCGGCAAUGGGUGCUUUAAACUCCAACGUGUUUGCGACUGCCAAGCUCGUCGUUGUUGCUAGUCAGAGGGGAUAUUUCCCUGCGAUCCUGGCAAAUCUGCACUGUAGUCACGAAAAGGACGAGGCUGUGUGCGUCGACGAAUAUCUUUCGUCUGCGCCAAGACUGGUCCGAGGGCCUAUCAAGGGUUUCUUGUCCUGGACCCAGAAUCGACUGGCAGCGUAUAUGAUCUUCUUCUCUUCAGCCGUUGGCCUUAUCCUUCUCCGUAGAAGAGAUGGCCGCGUGCCGGGAGCGAAGGCUGCCGAGUAUAGCACUUGGCUCAUCAAUCCUGUCAUCUUCAGUGCCAUCAGUGGCCUGUUGGUCGUCAGAGGAGUCAUCUCAGAACCUCUGCAGGGAGGGGCUAUUCUCUUGGUCGCCUUGUUCGGCAUCGGCUUCUUCUCGCUCAGGUUUGGCUUGCGCGGCUUCACCCACGCAGAGACCAGAUGA